UCCAAAUUCCAAAAUCCAGGUGGGUGAGGCAAAUACUCGUGGCUCGUGUAAAGCACAAGCCAAUCUUGUCUUUGCUGUUGGCCAUGUUUCUGAACCUUUUCUCUCACUGACUAACUUGGAGUUCCUCAUCAGAUCAGAGUUUCUUCUUCUUCUCUCUCUCUCUCUCUCUCUCUCUCUCUCUCUGUCUCUGUCUCCUCUGAUACUCACAGAAACACAUGGUAACCACUAACCAACAAGAAAAAGCUGCAUAAACCCUAGGACCCAGAUUAAGCUCUGGUAGUUAAGGUUAAUGUGUUAGAGAGACAGAAUCAAGAAUAAGUUCAAUGGAUCAAUGGAAGACAGACAACAAUAAUUUAACAGCAGAAUUAGCCCCUUCCACCUCUGCACCCUCCAAUCCCAGACAAAGUGUUGAUGUGGAAAUUAAGGAUCCAGUUGCUGCAAGGAAAGUUCAGAAGGCUGACCGUGAAAAGCUGAGGAGGGAUCGAUUAAAUGAGCAAUUUCUCGAGCUUGGGAACACAUUAGAUCCAGAUAGGCCCAAGAAUGACAAAGCAACCAUCCUUAAUGACACAAUCCAAAUGCUGAAGGAUUUAACUGGUGAAGUCAACAGACUAAAGGUUGAAUAUGCAGCACUUACUGAAGAAUCACGUGAGUUAACACAGGAGAAGACUGAGCUUAGAGAAGAGAAGGCAUCAUUAAAAUCUGAUAUUGAAAAUCUAAAUGUUCAGUAUCAGCAAAGACUCAGGGUUAUGUUCCCAUGGGCUGCCAUGGAUCCUUCUGUUGUUAUGGGUCCACCAUACUCAUACCCAGUUCCGGUACCUGUCCCUUCGGGCCCAAUCCCUAUGCAUCCAUCUCUGCAGCCAUUUCCCUUCUUUGGAAAUCACACUACUGGUGGCAUUGCUAAUCCCUGUUCAACUUUCAUCCCUUAUCCAACUCCUCCCAACCCUCCAGUGGAGCAGCCGUCGGCCCAAUAUGCAUCCACUUCGCAGAUUUCAAGCAAACAAGAUUCCAAAAGCAAGUCAUCAGAUCAUCAAAGGGGUAGCAAUGUGGAAAGAUGUGACGAUUCUAACGAUGUGGCAACAGAACUUGAACUGAAGAUGCCUGGAUCAUCAGUGCAGCAGGAUUUGUCUUCUGAAGGAAGGAAGGGCAAGCAAUCACAGAGGAAGGAAAGAAGUGCUACUGAAAUUAGUUCUUCAAGCAGGUAUUCUUCAUCUCAAGGUCAUCAAGAGAGCUCCUCUAACAGCGUAGGUGACAUGCCAAAGUCCAAAAACUGAUAAUAUUCUGGUUGCCUGUAUCUGUUGACUGUACCAAACUUCUAACCUAGUUACCUCUCAAGUUAAGGUGUGACCGCCAUGACACCCUGAUAAUAACGUCCAGUCUGACUUUCAGGUGGCUUAAGGCCUUGAUAUAUCUUCUAACUGAAUCUCCAGUAUGAAAACAAGGGUGUUUUUUAUUGGCUAGUUAGGAAUAAUUGUAAUUGGGACCCUGCUGCAUGGUUCUCCCUGCACUAGGAGGACCUGGAGGCUCUGGUUGGGGGAUGCUGCAAUUAAAUUGAACUAUCCCAAAAACCUGUAAUCUGUUUCAGGGCUGACUCAGAGAAUGCCUUGAACAUGUUUUUAGACUUUGUAGGCUUGAGAAUGUAGUUGUAAUGACUAGUUAUUGCUUAGAGUUUGUAAUUAUAUGUACCAUGUGCCUACUUAUCAAAAAAAAAAAAAAAUAUAUAUAUAUAUAUAUUUAUAUGUACCAUGUGCCUAACUCUUUGAUCUGUUAACACGUUUACAUGUAAAUGGCUAAUUGGCACUUUGGUUUUGUUAUCUA